CUCUGAAGACCUUCUGGUGACAUCAGCCACCAGAGACUGACUCCUUAAGGAGGGGCUGGGAACUCCCCAAAUCUCCAAGGCUCAAAGCCACACCCUUGGCUUGACUUCCCAUCAGCCAUAGAGCGGAGUGCUCCCCAGAGAACUCACAUGGAAAGGCUCAGAGCCGGUGGUCCUCACCUGGGGGCGACUUUGCCCCCCAUCGGACAUCUGGAAUGUCUGGAGAUAGUUUUGGUUGUCACAUCUUGAAGGAGCACUGCUGGGAUCAGGGACCUUGCUAAAUAUCCUGCAGUGCACAGGACAGCCCCCUGCAGCAAAGAAAUAUCUGGUCCAGGGAGUUGUGUGAUGCAACCGGUUAAGGAUCCAGCAUUGUCACUACAGUGUGUUGCUGCCGUGGCUGAGGUUUGAUCCCUGGUCCAGGAACUUCCAUCGGCCACAGGUGUGGUCAAAAGAAGAGUCCAGUCCAAAUAUCAAUGGCAUUGAGGUGGAGAAAUCCCACUUUUCCUGCUCAGGGGUGAGAGCCCUCCGGAGGUCCCCUUCUCAGAAAGAGCUUCCCCUUCUAUGGAAACCCAAAGGGGCUUCUGUAUGGCCACGAACGUGGUUGUUGAGCAUUCUCUGGGUGGCUGGAAGGUUGUAGCCAUGGUGGCCCGGCUUUUGCCACCUGGGGGCCCACAGAGCUGGUGCCUGAUGCCCGAGGCCGACAGAACAAGGACACUGUCACAGCCUUGUCGAGGGACAGCCUUGGAGCUGCUUUCCCAGGAAAAGGAGAGAGAGGAAUGGGCCCAGGCCAGGAGACUCGGGCACCAAAGCGGUGAAGACACAGUGCCUUUGCCAGCAGAUGAGGAACUGAGCCCCAGAGUGGUGAGGCGACUCAACCCAAGGUCACUCAGCUCCGAAGCAGCAGAACCCAGGGGUCCCUGAAGCGUGAGUGGUCUUGGCUCAUCCUGGGUGGGAUUUGCCUCCUGACUGUCACCCCCACAUGGCCCCGUCCUUCAUGGUCCCGGGCAACAUGGUUUUCGAGGGGGCUUCCAGCCUCGCUGUGUCCCUGUUGCUGCUCCUGCGGGCCCUGCCCUCAGUGUCCUACUCCGUGUCCCUGCAGGGCACCUUCCUGGAGGACACAGGGGGCAGUGGGGAGGCCGAGGGCUCGUCGGCCUCCUCCCCAAGCCUCCCGCCACCCCAGACCCCAGCCCUCAGCCCCACAUCCCUGGGGCCCCAGCCCACGCCCUUGGCAGGCCCCAAGCCCCCCACCAACUUCCUGGAUGGCAUCGUGGAUUUCUUCCGCCAGUAUGUGAUGCUCAUCGCCGUGGUGGGCUCCCUGGUGUUCCUGCUGAUGUUUAUUGUCUGUGCCGCUGUCAUCACUCGCCAGAAGCACAAGGCCUCUGCCUACUACCCCUCGUCCUUCCCUAAGAAGAAGUAUGUGGACCAGAGUGACCGGGCCGGGGGCCCCCGGGCCUUCAGCGAGGUCCCCGACAGGGCCCCCGACGGCAGGCCCGAGGAGGCCCGGGAUUCCUCCCAGCAGCUCCAGGCUGACAUCCUUGCCGCCACACAGAACCUCAAGUCUCCCGCUAGGGCCACCUUGGGCGGUGGAGACGGAGCCCGGAUGAUGGAGGGCAAGUCGGAGGAAGAGGAAAAAGGCGCUCGGGAGGUGGACCAGGACGCCCAGGGACGGGAGGUCCUGGCAGAGGAACCAGAGGUGCCGUCUGAGGAGCCCUGCCCAGCGGAGGUGGCCGGUGAAGGUCAAGGGGAGCCAGAAGCUGCUCCCUUGUUAGCCCAGGAAACCGGGGCCCAAGCCAGUUCCCCCGAAAGCCCCUGUGCUUGCAGCAGUGUCUCCCCCAGCAUCUAACAGGCCUCUAGGGCUGCUGGCCCUGACUGUCGGACCCCUGGUGGUCACCUCCUGGGGCACAGAAAGGCCCUUUGGCCCUACUGCUCUCUGGCACCCUGUCCUUGGCCACUCCCCGCUGCAGAUCCCAGCCCAUCUCAUCCUCCUCCAGCGGGCAGAGAUGCUGGCCUCUCUUCCACCUCAGGAAUCUCACUGACUUCCAGAACAUGUGUCCUUACAGCCCCAAGGGCUCCAUCCCUUGGGGACACGGAGCGGGGGAUUGUGUCCUUGUCACAGCCAUAUCCAUCGGGAAAUGUGUGUCUCAUCCGAUCCCUUGUGACAUCGCUGCUUUCCAUCAAGGUAGGAAAGAAAAACAGAAGAAGAGUUUUGGAAGAGGUUGAACAGGAGAUGCAGAGGGGCCUGGGGUUGGAGUAGUGAGAGCUAAUGCUGAGGAUCCACCUGGAAGCUUCGGUGAGGGACCCCCGCACAUGUCACAACAGGCCCCUAAAUGAGCAUUUCCCAAACCGAGUUCCCUGGAAGAAAGAUUCUGAGGUCCAUUGAGUUGAGGAAACACUGCCUCUCUGCUCCAUGCCACCCUGGCUUCCCCCCGGAGUGGCCCAAGGCUCUGACAAGUCCUGCAGUAAAGAUGCCCAUGGAAUCUGAUUUCGCUUAGCCUUGCCAAACUGCUUUUGACUGAGGCGUAUUUUGUUUUUGUUUUUGUUUUAGAGCUACAGAGUAAAAUUCUGCAGGGCACACUCUGGAAGUUACAGCUCUAAAUGUUCCUGAAAGUGCCCCCUCCCCAGUUUCUGGGGGUGGGGUGGAGCUGGAGCUCAGCCCUCUCAGGGGUGCCUCUCAUCCGCUACUGCUACCCAGUGAGGCAGAUGAAUGGACUCUCUCUUACCUAAAGCAGCCUAGAAGCUGGGGGCUGUGUGUGUGAGGAGCCCCCACUCUGGGGGGAGUCUGAGGGGAUGGAGGAGGGUUUCCGACACCCAGCCUGGAGCAGGGGGGGCCCUGGUACCCCACCCUCCACACACUCUCAUCUGGCAGCCUGUGCCUACAGCAUUCUUUACUCCUCGACAAGGGAGCCUGAGCUCCGUCCUGAUCUGGGGAGGCUCUGGGUGGGGGGUCCUCUUCCCCAUCCCUCCAUCUGGGUCCCCCUAACCUCUGCACAACUCUCCAGGUGCUGAGAUAUAACAAACCAGCACAAUAAACCUUUAUUCUGGCCUGAG